AUGAACUGGGGCGGAUGGGCGGUACCUGUCUCUCGGCGGGACGAGUAAUUAUAUCGCGGCCCGUAAUUACCUCAUUAGUAAAUAAUACAGCUACGUCGCAUUCGGAAUCACAGCCCGAUGUCUUACUUCAUUUAAUAACCGCCUUGCUCUUUGCCUGCUCAUAAUGAGAGUGCGGGCACGCCGUAAAAGCGCGACGCUUGCCGGCGCCUGUGUGGUUCCACUCCUGCGCACACUGCGAUGCUGCGGGUUCUGCCGGCUGCCCCCCGCGGCAGCGAACGAACCCCCCACCCUCCUUACCCGCAUCGCACGUGCAACGCACGACGUCUACUGUGGCAUCGCGCUUGCGGUAACCUCGACGUACCUGGUCCAAGAGCUCAUCUACGCUUAUCUGGAGCGCGGCGAUAUGGAUACGCUGGCGCGUGUGAUGUUCCUCCUACUCUGUCAUGUGACAUCUAUUGCCAAGCAGAUCGUCUUCAUGGCGCGUGCUUCGCGCAUCGCCAAACUCAUACAAGAUUUUGAUGAUUUGGCAUACAAUCCGGAAGAGAAGACAAGAAAAAAUCUGCUGAUAAAAAGAGCGCAAGGAGCUUCACGGCUUGGAGCGGCUUACGCAGGAACUGCAGCGCUUACCUGUGCUCUGUGGACUAUUUUCCCAUUCUUAGCGCGUUUGGGCGGCGCGCGCGUUGUAUUUGCUCUAUGGGUACCUUUUGCCUAUUACUCCUGGCCUGAGUUCCUUAUUGUUCUCCUGUACACGCAUUACGUUACGUCGUUGGUUGGAAUUGCCAAUACCACUAUGGAUGCCUUCAUAGCUAUCAUACUCGGACAGUGCAAGACGCAGCUUACCAUACUGAAAAUGGACUUUGAGUCGUUGGCAGAGAGGGCAAAUGAACGAGCACGUGAAACUGGAGAGCAAGUAGGUGCGGCGGCGGCAGCACUCUUCGUCCGCUGCAUUAAGCACCACCAUAAGAUUUGCGACACGUCGCGCGAGGUGCAAGCGAUAUUUGGCGGAGCAGUGUUGCUACAGUUUGGUAUUGGCGGUUGGAUUCUCUGUAUGGCGGCUUAUAAAAUUGUCGGCCUUAGUGUGGCCUCUCUGGAAUUUGUGUCUAUGGUGAUGUUUCUAAUGUGCAUUCUUACCGAGCUCUUUCUUUACUGCUAUUAUGGGAACGAGGUUGCUGCAGAGAGUGCACAACUGAGCGAUGCAGUGUACGGGAUGGAAUGGGUGGGGCCAGAUGGGGUCGGAAAAGAAGUACGGCGCGCCUUGCCCUUUGUCAUAUGUUGCAGCGCCGGCGCCGCUCGUCGCCCUCUGCGUCCCGCUGCGGUGUUCAUCCCGCUUUCGCUUGAGACCUUCGUCACAAUUAUCAAGUCUUCGUACACAUUCUACGCGAUGCUGCGACAGACUCAGCGUUGAUGUCACUGUAUAUGGAAAAGCCGC